AUUUUUGUUCCCACGGGCUCCUGAACGCACCGUGUGUUUGAACGUACAGCGGGGAAACAGCAGCGAUGGAGCAACUAUUGUGUUUGUGUUAGCAAGCCAAGUUCUGUCUGUGAGAGUCAGCAUAACUCCGUUAAAAUGACACAUUCAUACAUAUACAGAAAAGACUGAUUGAAGAUGCUCGAUUUCGCGCUGUAACUGAACGUCUUUAUUUGGGUGAUUUUUGUGGCACAAAAAUGCCUAUCCGAGCAUAUUGUACAAUAUGCUCCGAUUUCUUCGAUCACUCCAGAGAUGUUGCUGCCAUCCACUGCGGACACACUUUCCACUAUGAAUGUCUUCUUCAGUGGUUUCAGACAGCCCCCACAAAAACAUGCCCACAAUGUCGGAAACAGGUCAGCACCAGACACAUUAUCAGCAAGCUGUACUUUGACAUUGGUGGAGAGGAGGAGGGCACGACGGACCCAGAAAGCUUGCAGAAUGAGCUUGAUCGAAUGAAGGCCCUCUUAAGUUCUAAAGAGAGAGACUGGCGGGACAGACAGAAGGUGGUGGACAGUUUGAAGGACACUGUGGACAAGCAGAGGAGAGACCUGGACAGUGUGCGGAAAGAGAUAAUUGAAAAGGAGAUGCUCUGUUCUGCUCUCAGAAAACAAAUGACAUACCUGGAGACACAACAUAAUGAUGCUCAGGCUGCCAAGGAGGAGGCCCGCAGACUCAGGACCAAAAUGAAAACCUUUGAAAGUCUGGAUGUGUUGUUACAGGGCCAGAGAGCAGAUGUGGAGUCCAUGAUCAGGGAUAUGGGUGUCAGUCAGGCCGCUGUGGAGCAGCUCUCCAUCUACUGCAUCUCCCUCAAAAAAGAGUAUGAUAAUUUAAAGGGAAGCCUUAAGUCUUCAAAUGACAUGUGUGAGAAGCUGAAGAGAGAAGUGCUCACAUCAAACAACAAGUUACAAAAAGCCACAAAGGAGGUGAAUCAAAGUAAAGACGAUAUGAAGUCUCUGCAGAAUGAUCUGGCCAAUGCUGACAAAGAGAUCACUAGUCUGAAGAAGAAGGUGGAGUUUCUUCAGAAGACUCUGAGCACGCCAACACGGACAAAUGAAGCCCUCAGUCGGCUUGUCUUUGAAAGCCCGGCUCCAAUGGAGCUGAAAAAGCCUCACCUCCACCAGCCUGCAGACAGCGAGGACAUUGACCUCAACAUUACCUAUGACAUCACGACCCCAGAUGAUUUGGCUAAAAGACCGGCGCGGGUCCCAUCCAAGAAGAUGCGUCUUGACCCUCCAGUGUCAUCUGUGUCCAAACAAAACGAGAAAACUUCAUCUUUAAUCAAGGCUCGAGAUGAGGAUGUAUCCAUGGAUCCAUUUUUGAGGAACUCCCUCCUCUUCAGAAAGAAGACUUUUGGUAGCAUGUUGGACCCUCAGAGGAAGCCUGGAGCUGUGAGAACUGGUUAUGAUGGAUUAGGAGGACGAACUAAAUUCAUCCAACCUUCUCCUUUAGCAGAGAUUCGCCCACUGAUGAAAGCUAAAAGGAAAAAGGUGACCAGGCCUCCACCCAAGAUCGCCACUUGCCUGACUUUGGACAGCUUCCUUGAGUAAAUGUUGAAGACCUUCUCCCCGGAAGUCGAGGCAAAGGUCAGGACGUCGCGUGUCAGGAGGCAUGUUUAUGCCGCUCCGGCACAUAGAACCAGCCUGGCAGCGGCUCUGCCACUCGGCGCCAAACAGAACUUUCAAACUGCAUUUAGAAGCAGUAACUGACCUCCCACUUGACAACAGAUGCUGAAUUUUUGAUGACGUCACCGAACUGGCUGUACAUUUCUAUUUGUUUUGACGUGAACUUGUAUGUGGUGAUUGUGUUUAACCCUCAGCCAGCUUUUUCUUGCUGAUAGUAUGUCGUAGUUAUGUGGAUGUCUGUAUGUGUUUGAGACAAACUAGAUAUAUGAGCGCUCUGUUAUGUCAUCGAAUGUUUAUCACUGAUACAUCUUGCAGUAAAAGCUAUUUGACUCUACUUCGAAAAAUAAUGUUAUUUUUCGCACUAACGCCUACAUGUGUAUAUAAUGGAGGUAUUUUUUUUGUUUUAAUGGUACUGCCAGAUGUAUACCAACUCAAAUAAUAAACAAUAUUUUUUUAUUAA